CUUGUACUUCUUCAUUCAGAGUGUAAUAUGACGAUGUUCUUGCCUACUUUUCUAUGCAUCCUAAUUAAGUCCUUAACUUACACCUCAUGCUAGGUAAAUGAAUGAAUGAAUGAACAGAUCGAUUGUCUUCCAAGUAGUUAUGAAUUCAAAUUCAAUCCUUCGCCGAUUCCUUGCAAUCCACCUACUCCAUCCAAUCUGGUACGUUUAGAACAAAGGACCAGGAAAAAUGUCGUUCAAAAUCGCGAAGCCACGGAUGCUGCAGAGUUUAAGAUUGGUUUUAUUGAUGUUGAAGAUUUUUCUAGCGCUACCUCUAGAUCACUACUUAAUACAAUUGUAAUCACUGGCUCAAGGAGUUACUACUUGUCCUAGAACAAGUUCUUGUACAAGACUUAUCCUAGUAGUUCGUCUACAGAAGUAGUUACAACUACAUGAACAGCACGUUGCUCCUCUGCCACUACACUAGCCACCUCUUCUAAUAUGCUAACUAGAACUAGGUACCUAUUCAUGUUGAAUUGAUACCUCUUCAGGUUCAUCUAUGAUGAAUUCCAUACCCAUUUCCAUGCCUCCUCUUCUAUAGCUGCAUAUUUUUACGUCAUUUACAAUAUAGAUACAUUUGUAGAUACCUUUUCUAAGAAAAACUGCGCCACUAGCCGCGGCACUUCUUCUGGUCGUCCAGCAGCUGCAAGUGGUUGUAGGCGUUAAAGAACCGAUAUACAAUAUGCGUGGAUCCUCAUGGAUGGAGCAGGAACAGCAGCCAGAGCCACCAGAGGGACUCGAAGAUCUUUCCUCUGAUGGUAUUUUAGACUAGAAGCUCCCAUCAACUGCAAUAGCUUAGAUCUUCAACGACCUCUUGCUAGGCACGUCAAUCAGUCAGUCACCCAAUCAAGAAGCUAGAAAAGACAAAGACUAUUGAUUCUAGAUACUCUAGUACUAGUAAGCAGCUAGACUACAAGAUGGUGGCUUAGAAACAUCAACAUCAACUCUAUUUCUAACAUUGUCGCCAAAGUCAUCUGGUAGAACGAAACAAGUAGGAAAGGGGACCCAGAUGAUCCCUGGGAUGAAUUCCCAAUAGAUACCUCUAAUGUUCGUUAUAACCACCACCAACCACCAGAUGCGAAGAAGGCUUACGAAACGGCUAGCAUGGUCAAUGGUAUGAAGAAGAAACUCGACGAUGGAUCCGGACCAACUACAGAAGGCUUAAGGCUUGUAGGCUAGACUUGUUGUUGUAGGCUUUUGAUAGGCCACAUAUAAUGAAAGAAUCUAGAUCUUGUUCUCUCCGCUUGUUCAAGGCUUAUGCUUUUUUGUCAGUUGUAGUGCACUUUGUUUUAUUCUCUCCGCUUGUUCAAAGCUUACUUCGAUUCAAUCUUCUUGUUGCUAAAGUACUAUGACGAUGAUUAUAACUUUGAUAUUGGAUACGUUUCUUCUGUUUUGUCAGUUGAUCAUUAUCACAUGCUUUUUCGUGCUCCUCACUGAAGUGAAACUACUACUCUAAUGUGGGAUACCUCGUCCACGAACAAGGGAGCCUUCUUUGAUGGAGUGAUUAUGGGCAGCUUUUUGGUAAGCGGGAAGUAAGACUAAGAAGGUCUCCUCCAUUCUACAUCCAUUUUCUCAACAAAAAACGAAACCAAGGUUUCCAGCACCUUAUUUCCUCAUGACUCACUCUUGUUAUAGCCACUUAAACAUACGUUCGUUCUUGCGUUCAACAAGAAUUGAGGAUUUCCUCCUCUACCUCCUAAAGCUCAAGCUCAAGAACGACCUCCUCUUCCUAUAGUACGUGGAGAAAAACUCCAGCGUAUCACGAUCCACAAUAAUUUUCUUCCCUCGUAACUUCCUUUGCCUCUACCUCUUCCUACACCUAAAGAAAGAAAACCUCAAUGUAUCACGACAACCCAAAAGAACUUCCUUCUCGUGAAUCUCACCUCCCCGAGGCGAGCAAAUUCUUAUCCUAUCCUAUCCUAUCCUAUCCUAUCCUAUCCUAUCCUAUCCUAUCCUAUCCUAUCCUAUCCUUCUCUAAGCAGGAUAAGAACGGUCUUCCUUUAUGUGGUGCAAACGGCACCAAAAAGCCGCCAGUGAAAAUCAGCCAUCGACGCGCUUUUUUCGAUCAGUGGCAUCGCGGAUUGUGGACUCUCUCCUAUCCUGAGGGAAAAACAGAAGUUAUGGCAGCUCGUCAUAGUUUUUGAGAGUUUUUUUGAGAGAAGGGGAACGAAUGGGUCCUAAUUUUUAUACUGAUAGGGUUGUUGUCCUAGUUCAUCUCGUUGUUAAAAACAUUUGCACAUCCUCCAUACUUCAUCACCAUCUUCCAUCUUCUACUGUUCUUCCCUACUCUUCUACUUCAGAAAACUCAUCAUCUGGUCUCUAAUCUGCGCAAGGACCAGAAUGGAUCGAAGAAAGAGAAGACGGACCAAACGGAAUUAAGGCAACCACGACGCUUAUUUUGCUACUUGAAAAAGAAGCGCCUCGUCCUUCUAAGAUAAUUAUAACUCUAGUACUCAAGGAAGGAAAUGGAGAUGCGAACUCGGUACCUCUAAUAGGAUACGUCGUGGAUAAAUUAGAGUCGGAUGCCAAAUCCGUCAGUGCCAAGGAAACUAUGUUCACCUCCGACUUCGCCAAGCUCGCACAUGACUCGGCAUGUGUCAAACUUGUUGGGGUACUGAUAAGUAGAUGUAGAUGUAAAGCAGGGACUUUCGCACUGCUCUUUCUGCUUAUUCUUUGUUUGGGUAUUUCUCAGUACGACCACCAGCUACGACGGUGUGCGAAUGAGAAAAUUAUAGUUAUAGUUCUUGUGAUGUUGAUGAAAAGGUGGGAGAUACACACAGAUUGCGACUCUACUCCUGGCUCCCUUGCGACUCGUCUACUUCUGUUUCCCUCUCGUCCACACCAAUAAAACACAAAUCAACGUCCACCAAAUAUGUCCACCCCCUAAAAGAAACCACCCCCUAAAAGAAACCACCCCCUAAAAGAAACCACCAUAACAACCGUCAGAACCUCAAAGCGAAGCACCAGUACGUGAACGAGAAGAAUAAGACGUUCUCUUUUCCACGAUGCUGGUCGAACAUUUUCUUCCGAUAUCUGAAGCCGGUACUUCUCAUUCUUGUAUGAUGCAUGAAGGGAAGAUAGACCAAUUAAGAAUAUAAUUAGCGGGAAAACUAGUCGAUGUAUCUAUAUUUAUAAUAUCCUGUUGUAGUUGUCCUGCUCGUUGUCGUUGGUCUUGUAGUGUAUAAUUAUAUCCUGUAGUUGUCUUUGGUCAUGGUCGUGACCAAAAAGAAAAACUGGUAAAUUCUCGAAGAAUCAUUGUGAGCAUAUUAGUCAGAUGAACGUAACGCGAACUUCUACAACUAAGUACCAGCAGCCAUCGAGAUCGUGGAGGUACUUCUUCUAACGAUGCUCGUUGUUCACCAAAUUUCAUCAGGGAAUCCUUCUCGGUCUUGCGCUGAUGGCCAGUGGACUUGCAGGCUUUUUGUGGUGCCUUCCGAAGAUCGGCCCUUAUCUUAUGGAUUCAUCAUCUUGCUAGUAUUUCUUUCUUAAGUACAACUAACGUAGAUGAUAGCUGCGGUCCUCUAGUUAUUUCUUUCACACUUCUGCUCUUAAGUAAUUUCCUAAUCAUAACGAAGUAGAAGAUCAUAGCACUAUGACCAUCACAUUCCAUUAGUUCAUUUUUCACAAAAAUCGCAUUCUUCACCUUCUAAGUUCUUCACGAAGAUCGCAUUUUUCGGCGUUUUAUUGCUGGGAAUAUAUGCAGACUACCUUGAUAGGACCUCAUUUCGAUCGGUGGAAUCCGUCACAACGCGAUAUUUUUGGAAGAACCCAGGAGAGUCAUGCUUACGAAGAGGAAGACUUAUUUUCUGUUUUAAUAAGCAAGUUAGUACACGCAGCACCGGAAGCGGUUCGGGAGACGUGGGGAGCCCCUUUAGUAGGCCCCUUUAGUAGGUAGUCGAUAGUGAUGAAUAAGAGGGAGGAAGCAGAGGCAGCUUAUUUUAUCCGCUACCCUAUCGUCCUAUAUGAGAGAGGGAGGAAGAAGAAGAGGUAGCAGAGAGGAAGAAAGUAUUUGAGGCACGGGCGGCAGGGCGAUGAUUGACCAAGAUGGACCUCUGGCAAGAUCAAACAUCACCCUAGCAAGCAUUUCUAUGCAAAAAACCAGCUCCAACUAGGUGUACCCAAAUUGAUAAGGAAGUGCCAGUGCGUAAGCGUAUGAUUGAUACCCCCAACGACCCCAUCCCCAUGAACGAGGACGUCCUCAUCUAAGAAUAGACGCAGAAAGGGGAUGGCUCGUGUCCACACCGGCUCCAGAUGGACGGUGCCAGGUAGAGGAAUACAAACCUUCAACGAAGGAUAGAGACUUAUGGCGAGAUGUACUUACAAGCGAUUAUCGAUGAACUACAUGAACAGGAAUAGAGUCGUGGUAGUAAUGUGGAAGGGGAAGCGUUAUUUUGCUGUGGGAAUUGGAUUUCAGACAUCUUCGACCUCGUCGGCGAUCUCGCUGCAGUUGGGCUAGUUUGGAUUUGAAGAAUAAACAAGUAUCAGACGAGCUGCAGUAAAUUUCAAGAUCUACUUCAGUCUUCAGUUUCUUUCAUAUUUUGCUGCUGUAGUGAAAGUUAGUAUAGCGACUACAUCACCGUUUUGUGUUCUGGACGUGAACAUUCAUCUGUCUCUCUGAAUUGGAUGCUUCAAGUAUUAUCUUGAACUUGUAAAUCAAAUUCGAGUUUUGGUUUGAAGUUGAAAAUGAAAAAUUUUGAGUUUAUUCCAAAUUUCUUCAAAUUCAAUUAUUGGGAAGAGCUAGCCCAAACAUUAUUUUGAAUUUCAAACUCCAAUUUGAAACUGCAUUUCAAGUCAAAACAGAGAAAUUUUGAUUUUAUUCCAAAUUAAUUCGAAUUCAUUUCCUGACAAGAGCAUUGACAAUCUUCACGAAGCAUCAAAAUGAAAUCUGGAAAUAUGUCCAUUUAUCUAAGUAUUUGGUAUUAUGGUGAAUUUGGUGGAUAUAGCACUCCUAAAGGUGUGCUAUUGUCGAGAAUUCGUAGAAUUGAUGUUCAGGAGAUGAAAUUUUCUCUUAAUUUGAAACCAAAUUUUUCUUACGUUUUCAAUUUCUCCUGCAUGGUCCAUCCACAUGAUAGCUUAGCUAAAAGUUUCAUUAUUCAGCACGCUAUGCUCGAUUUUCAAUCCGUGUAUUUCGGUGCCUGCUCCGUCAAACUAGUAUUGUCGACCACGACAGCUGCAUGUAGUUGUGCAGCAGGCUAUUUUUCCUAUGUUGUACCUAUGAUCUAGUACCCAUAAUAUCGUCUAUCUACCCCAGGCGUCUUAAAGCGAUCUAUCCUCCCAGAAGAUGGAUCUGUAGUGCAUCUCAACAUUCAUAUUCCGCUUUUCUAUCCAUCCAAAUAGAAGAAGUGCAAUGCUAUAAAAGAAGCACCACCAUGACAUGAAGAAGACAUGCAGAACGAGCUCAUUCAUUCUUCCUUUAUCUAGCCUUGCGCUAAUUCUCUCGGGAGGUAGUUGUGCAGUGCUGCGCUGUCGUAAAGUUGGUGAUGAGUCGGACUGGUUCUUAGAGGCUCGCAUCGCAGCAGUGGAGGCCUACGAAGGCGCAAAGGACCUGGCGGAAGGCGGCAUCGACCUGGCCAAGAACCAAUUAUUAUGAACAUGUGUCUAAACUGUAGUCAUUGUCAUAACCAUACGAUCGGGACAAGGCCUGUAAUGAUUUAGCCCUGUCAUCAUCAUCAUAUUACGUCGAGGUCGUGGAUUUUUCCCUCCUAUGCCUAUCCUAUCCUUACAUAGUACAGAAGAAAGACCUAUCCUAUCCUUACAUUUAUAUUUUCCCUCCUAGUAUACUAUAGUACAGAAGAAAAUAUAAUUUUCCCUCAUCGAUUUUUUUCCUAGGCUAGUCCCUCCAAUCAAGCUAUAGGAGAAUUGGGCUCCCACUCACUUCUACCUUUGAAAAAUAGGUUUAGAUGUAGGGACAUGCUGCUGGUCAGUGGCUAGAUCCUGAAAUCUGCUAGUCCUUAAUUAUCUGAGUGAUCUUUAGCAAGAGAUCAUCUGCAUUACCUUUACCCCACCACCCUUUCAUAAAGCGACAAGUACGGUAGAGCAGGUGAUGCACCAGGUGAUGCGUCACCAGAUGCAGCGCCUGCGGAUGAGCGUGGGACCGCCGCGGAGUGA